AUGCUGCUGAUCAUUGAAGCUCUUCUUCUCAUUUUAGCUGCUCUAGGACAGGAUCACAGAGCUGCUGCUGCAAGAAAUAUAUUUCCACUGGAUAUGGCACUGAAUUCUGUUGAUGACAAUUAUGACGGCUGUACAAAGGAAAUGGCGAAUAUGGUGAAGACCAAAUAUCUCGAAAAGGAAAUGCAAUCUAAUUUUGCAAAUGCUUGGAAACAAGCUGAAAAGAAUUACAAGCCACCCGGAGAUAACUUGACAAAGAAUCAUUCGAUCGCUAUCUAUGUGUACACUAACUCUAAAUUUGAGAUUUAUAAGGAUUUCAAUAAUGCUGUUCGUAAUGAAAAGAAAAAAUACCAAAACAAGAAAUUCACAUGGUAUUCACUUCACUUUUUGUUAACAGAUGCGAUACAGAUUCUGAAGAAAACACAAAAAGGAUGCAUGUUAACUUAUCGUGGUACAAAUGUUAAUUUUAAUGAGAGUGUUCUAAACAAAGAGGUUCGUUUUGGCUCAUUUGCUUCUUCCUCUUUUAAUCACACCAAAACAAAUUUUUUUGGAAAAAAAUCUUGUUUUGUAAUCUACACUUCUGAAGGUGCAAAUUUGGCAAAAUAUUCUAAGCAUGACAAGGAGGAAGAGGUGCUGAUUCCUCCUUAUGAGACGUUUAAAGUCACUGCUGUCAAGACAAGAAAACACCAGAAAGAUCUCCGGUGUGACACUGUGUUCACUUUGAAAAGCUCUGGAAACAGAAGUGACCUGAACUGUGCUCUAUUCAAGAAACCAACCAAGACCAUAUCAAAAUACUAAGACUGGCAAUGAAAGUAGGCCUACUGAACAAAGAGCUUUGAAUUUAUGAAUUUAUAGUACACCAAUUCCAACA